UCCGCCAGUUCGCCGUAGACGGUGCGCACGCGCACAAGCGCGACAUUCGUUGACGUUUGACGUUCGAUAUUCAAAUUCUCCCAGUCGAUAGUGCAGUGCUCUCAGUUCUGUGUUUGUGUAUAUCUACUCUUUAUUGAAGUAAUAGAGGGCUAGAUGCUGUUAUGAACAGUUCUGUGCAUAUUUUGUGAAGGAUUUAUGUUAUUGCUUCGCGCGAAUCUGUAAUUGGAUUAGAAACACGCUGAUCAGAUGGCGCAGUAAAGCAACGACUGACAUCCCUCACAAAUGUUAAUCAACCUGAUGGAAGGCGACACGAUAACCACGAACACUCUCAUAUCGUCGAUCAAAAAAUUCAACACCGACGGCAAACAACACGGCACUAUAAAGGCGUUACUGAAGAACUUCAUCCUACCAGAAACAGAGAUGGCUAUUAAGGAAAAUCAAAGUAACAGCAACAAAUGUAUUUACUCAGUACCUGCGAAACCACCUCUGCCUACAUUUACGGAAAGAAUGAAGUCUUUACAAGACGCGAAACAGGCGUUUUUAAAUUCAACUGUUAGUUCUACUACUCCGCCUCUUAAUCAUGAAAGUAGCAAAGAUAAUCACACUGUACACUACGCACAGAUAGCUAUAACCACAGAUAGUGAGGACACUAGGAGCACAGGUGGAGGCAAAAACAUCAAACAUUCAUGCGCCACCAACAACAAAGAAUACAGCAUUCCAAUUCAUGUAUCUCCGAGUGUUAAGAAAUCAGUGGAACAGCAUCAAAGAAAAGUUAGCUUUAAGAUUAAAAAUGCCACGACAUCAUACAAACGACCACCUUUAGCCAAAACAAUGACGAUAACAAGCAGUAAAGUUGCAGAACUCACGAAGAAAUUCAACAACUUACAAACUGAAACACACAACGUGGCCUCGCCUAAACAAUCUAAACUAGUGAAGACCUUAGAAGAAUUGCAAUCAGCGUCACGAUGUUCCGCCAGCAACAGCUCCACACCCUCAUCAACGCUCAGUUCAAGUCCAAAUAUAAAAAUCGUACUACGACAGAGGCGAAAUUCAAAAAAGCGCCACAACAGAAAAAGAUGUUCAAGCAUGGACUCAAUGGAAGAUUUAAUGAUUUCAGAUAGUUCAAAUAAAAUUCGUGUUAUCCGUUCUAAAUCUGAUGGUACCAAAAUGGCAAAAGCUUCAAAGAAGCGCUUAAAGUACCAGGAUUCAAGCGAACAACCGAGUGGAUCUGAUUCUGUUGAUGGUAGUCCAGUCAAAGCUAAAGAAGAUGAAUCAAAGAAAGAUAUCAAACCUGCGCAAAGUAAUGUAGUUAAGAAUGUGAUCAAAAAGUUUGAAUGUGAAAUAACAGCUCAAUCCAAUUCAAAUAAUACACUAAGAAAACAACCUGAUAAAAUUAAGAAUACACUACCAUUAAAAGAAAAACCAAAAGUACCUGAAAAGAAAUCAUCACUAGUAUUAACCAAAAAUCUUGUAGUAAAAGAUGGCAUUCCAAAAAUUAAAACAAUCAAACCUGUAAUAAAUGAGUUAGCAAAACUAGACAGUAAAACAGACCAAAGUGAACGUGAAGUCAGUAAAAAGAAAGAGCCUUUGUAUGAUCGCAAAAGGUAUAAAACAAAUUAUAUCCACUCCGAGAAAUUACCUUUGAAGGUUGUUGAAAUAAUCCCUGAAGAUAUUCACGAAAAUAGUGCAGUUACAGAUACUGUGAGUAAAGAACAGAAAGAAGAUUCAGUUCCAUCUAUAAACGUUCUUGGACCUAAUGAAGAAGAAAAAGCUUAUCAAGAAAUCAAUUCGCCUAUAACACCCAACGAAUCAUUUCUGUGGCGCCGUAAAAGUAGUACACAAAUAUAUUCAGACUCUGAAAAAUCUGAUAACUCAUACAGUUUUGUUAGUGUUUCAACAAAUGGUACAACCAUAACUUGUUCAGAUGAACCACACGAAAUCAUACCAGAAUCUCAAGUUGAAACGAACGAAUCUCAAGUAACUAUCUCAACAAAUGAGCCGAAAUCUGAAACUGACAUGGAUUUUGAAAGUAAUCUCGUUGAAGCCUGCAACAAAGAAAUCAUCAUCGGCUAUACAUCAAAACCAAAACAAGAGGAAGUAGAGGAUUAUUACGAACCUCUAGAACCCAGAGACGAAGAAAAUGUCGUGAUCAUUCCAAUAAAAAAUGUAGAUAGGUCUUCUAAAAUAAAUUGUCCUUUACCGGAAAUUCCUAAGACCGAAAAUGCUAAACAUGAAGAAGAUAAGUGUACCGACAAAGAAAACAUUUACCAAUGUUUACUUGAAAUGAGAUCACAUCCUGAAGGUGAUGAGAGCAGUCUACAUAACUAUGAACUGUGUGAUAACAACCUUGAGGAGAGAACGAGAGGCGAUGGUGACAGUGACGAUGGCUAUGAAUACUGCAAGUCUCCUAUUAAACCAUACUGUGUAACCUCAAGCUCUGGUAUCCAAAUAGCGGAGGGCUACCAACCAAGCAAAAACUAUGCAAUUUCAAAGUCAGUAAGUGGAACAUCAACUGUCAGCUAUGAAAAAAUUGGAUCAGAGAGGAUUUAUGAGAAAAUUCCUGCUCGACCACCGAAGUCAAAGGACAGUAGCCCCACGUACAGUAGUCGCCAUUCCUUUAUUUCCGACUACACGGUGUAUAACGAGAAUGAAAAUAUAUAUGACACGAUAAAACAUGGCGACGCGACCUCGCUGUCACACUGCUAUGAGAGCAUACCCAACAGCCCGAGUAUGGUGAAGCUUAGGAGUAUGAAGAAGCAGGUGCCCUCGAACGUACAGAAGCGUCUCUCGUUUGACACGGUGUCGAACAUCAGCCAGUCGACAAUGUCUAGUGAGCAGAAGACUAACAGCCUGUAUGGCCAGAGGUCGGUGAUCAGCUACAACGGGCAGGAGAUCGCAUUCCAAGUCCCGAGCAGUGAGACCAGUGUCAGUGACAGAAGUGACCGCAGCGACGACUGGGUAGAUGUAUCGGACGAAGAGAAAAAUGAACAAAAAAUCAUUAUCGUACGGGAACGAAGCCGGGGCAGGAAGAGUCCAAUCAGCUGGUCGCAGAAGGUCAGACAUCAGUGGCAGAAAUCACCAAAACCCAGCAGUAACGAAGAAUGUGACAGCAGCGACUCGGGUCACCUGUACGAGUCGCUGGAGCCUGCGCCCACGCAGACACAUACCUCACUCGCCCCCCCUCCCCUACCGAUAGAGGAAGACUUCGACUCCUUCGACAGUGACAGCGAUACCGAUGACCACGAUAAGUCCACGUACGCGCCAACCACGCCGUCUUUGCCGGCAUCCCGACUACCCAACCCGCCCACCGGAGGCGGCCAGUACACCCUGACCAAAAUAGCCAGCGCAGCUCAAAGAAAAAUGAGACAAAUCAAACGAAAUCUUACUAAAAGAUACACCGUUGCGAUGGACGGCAAACCGUUUACUAAGGCCCCGAGCAAUCCCACGAACAUCUACGACACAGCGAAGAAGAAAACCCCUACCCCCAUCUACGCCAACUGCGAGAGACAGGACCCCGUGUACACAAAUAUCAACUUUAAGGACACGCGUCUCGUACAAAAUAAGACUGAAAUUCCCUUGGCGAAGGUAUACGGGUCGUUGAAGGAAGAGUUGAAGACUGUUAUUUCGGAUAAGAGAGCGAGCUAUGGAGAUGUACCUCCUCCGUUGCCGGACAAACCUCCUCCCGAGAAGCCUGUCACUCCCACAGUCCCAACGAAUGAGACUAUUAAGAAGGACAGUGGGACUUUGUCCAGGAAAGCGUACUUUUCCUUCAAGUCCCGGUUCCGGCGCGCCACCUCGCUGGCCGUGGAUAUAAACUCGGAAGUGCCCAGCGCCCUGAAGAUCACCAACUCCACCUUCUACCUGACUGACUCUAUGGAUGGUGACUCCGGAUUCAGCAACUGCAGUGACAACGGGCAGCCGGGUAGCACGGAGACGCUGUCCCCAGAGAGCGGGCCGCGGCGGCGAGACGGUAGGCGCCGCCUGGCGGACUCCAGCCCGUGCCUGUGUCCCGUGCGGCCGGCGCUGCCCCCUCCCCCGCCGCCGCCCACCACCGCGACCCCCGCCACCCCCACCCCGGCCCCCGCGACCCCGCCCAGCCCGCCCGGCGCGCCGUCUCCACCGGCGACCGACUUUAGCGCUGUCAACGAAGAACUGAAGCGGCUGCUGCCGACGCUGUCGCGCAAGGACAAGAGCCCGCGGGCGCGGACCUCGUGGUACGCGGAGUGUGGCGCGGACACCACGCCCAACACCACGCCCGUCACUACGCCUAACACCUCCAACACUUCCUGGUACGCAGAAGCAGGUUUAUACCAAGCAGGCAACAUCUCCUCGUCCUCGGGGGCGUCGUCAGGCUCCCACCCAGCCAGUCCAUUGCCCCACUCGCUGUUCACACACGAGCCGCUCUACCAGUUCUACAACGCUGCUAAAGUCGAGUCUGUGUGUCGCGAGACCGGGGACUCGGACUCGGACGCGUACGAGGCCGGGUCGCAGCGCAGUGCCGCCACCUCCGUGAGCGAGACGCCCGCGCGCCCCUCCGCCAUGGCACUAGUGGCGCCGCGCGGGCCCUCCCGCACCCUCUGGUGUGAGGUACCCGAGGUGCUCAACUCGGCUGUGCUCAGUUCCCUAGCACCAGCACAGAAGCGCCUCCAAGAAGCGAAGUUCGAGCUGCUAACGUCCGAGGCAUCGUACCUGAACUCGUUGAACGUGUUGGAGUCCAACUUCAUAGCACACCCCGCCUUCAGAGACCCGCAGGUGCUGCCCAGACAUGAGUGGGAGACGCUGUUCGCUACUAUAUUGCCGGUCCGCAAGUGCUCGCAGCUGCUGAUGACGGAGCUGGAGAAGUGCUGGCAGGAGAACAUCCUGCUGCAGGGCAUCUGCGACAUCGUGCGCCAGCACGCCGAGCUGCACUUCGCCGUCUACGUCAAGUACUGCGAGAACCAGGCGCUCAUGGUGCGCGCGCUGCAGCGCCUGCAGGCCCGCCCCGCCUUCGGAGCCGCGCUUAAGAAACUGGAGAGCCACCCGAUGUGCCAGUGCCUGUCGCUGCACUCGUUCCUGAUGCUGCCCAUGCAGCGCGUGACGCGGCUGCCCCUGCUCAUGGACGCCGUGCUCAAGCACCUCGACCCGCACGACGCCGAGUACCACGCCUGCGCACAGGCACUCGUCACGCUCAAUAAUUACGUGUCGCAGUGCAACGAGGGCGCGCGCAACACGGAGCGUAUAGAGGAGAUGUACCGCCUGUGCGCGUCCAUCGAGUUCCCCGCGCACAUCCGCGACCCGCCCUGUCUCGGGCCCGCCUGCUCGCGCCGGGACCGCAGACCUGUCCGUUGGCUAGUAAGAUCUGGUGAGGUGACGCAGUUGAUCUGGAAGUCGGACGAGCUGAAGCUGACCUUCGGGAAGAAGUUCCACAAGGUGCCGCUCCAUCUGUUCCUCUUCAACGAUCUCCUCGUCAUCACCAAGAAGAAGGGCGAAGAUCAAUACAUAUGCGUGGACCACUGUCCCCGCUCGCUACUGGAGGUAUGCUCGAGCGAGGUGGGCGCGGCCAAGCACGCACUGCUCAUCACCCUUCUAGAGAACCACGCGGGCCGGACGGUGGAACUACUGACUUCAGUGGGUAGUGAGACGGAGUGGUCCCGCUGGGCCGAGGCGCUGACGCCGCCGGCGGCUGGGGACGGCGAGGCCGUGUACGCCGGCUGGGACUGCCCGCAGGUCUGCGCGCUCUACGCGUAUCAACCCGCGCAGCCUGACGAACUGCCGCUCGCUGAGGGAGAUGUUGUCAAUGUCGCUAGGAAGACUAGUGAAGGUUGGUACUACGGCGAGCGCACCCGCGACGGCGAGGCGGGCUGGUUCCCGGGCGCAUACACGGCGGAGAUCGCCUCCCCGCACGUGCGCGCGCGCAACCUGCGCCAGCGGUACCGACUGCUGGCACUGUCCGGGACAUACCUCGGACACAAGAAGCGGAACCUGUGACACUCCACCACUGCUCACUCAUCCACACUAUAUGACAAAGUAUUCCACUAAACUUACUUAUUGUCAGCCUGUACGGGGUACACCUAUUCUAAUUUGAACUUUAUUGCAAAAGAUAUAAGGUUGAAAUUAUAUUGGACUUGGAUCAAACGUUGCUAAAGACAGAUAUGACUUAAUGUAAAGAAAAAAUGUAUGACAUAUACUAUGCUUUCGUAUGUAUCACGACAAUAUCGUAGCGCUGAAAGACAAAGUAUUAUAAUUUCAAUUUGAAUUUUCAUAAUUUUUCAAUGAAUUUAAUGACUUGUGUGUGUAAUGAAUAUUAUUUUAAUAUAUAAAAUCUAUAUAACAGAAUAAAACCUCUGUUCUAUCGUCUCAUUUGGUGCUAAGCUGCCUUCAUUCCUUUAGCCCUACAAGCAUUUAUUGGGCAGCCGCACUGUCAGAUAAAAAUAAAUCGUAUUGAGUGGAAUUAAAGACUAGAAUGCUAUGUAGGAAUAGCUGGAUAUCAUCACAUUAGAAUCUCACAAUUAAGUUAGGAGAUGGUCUCAAUGUCGUUGUUAUUGGUUAAGUGCUAAUGCGAGUAUUAACGAUUUAUUUUAAUUGGGAUGUUUCUCUCAUAAUAUUUGAAAACCUUCACAAUUUCACUGAGUGAUUUCAUUACACAUUUAAGUUAAGUUUUCCAAUUUUAGGAAAAAAAAUGUGUGAAUUGAUUUAACUAAUGACAUCACAAUAAUGGAAUCUCGAAUGAAAAAUUAUCCUUUUAUUAAAAAAAGUAUAGAAUUUGACUAGUUGGAAACCAUCCCAAUUAUUUUUUAAAGACGUGCUCCGUCCAAUUGCCUUAGUAGGUAGUGUUUAUGGGCUUACAACGGUAGAGUAUGUAUCGUAGUAGGUGUGUAUCGAAACGAUUCUGAAUCAAGGUGCUUACAUGUGAUAGUUCCCAUUGCUAUGAACAAACUAUUCAAACGAUAUCGAAUUACGUAACAUCUUAUUAAGAGCUCUAUUUUAUUGGGAUACUGUGGUCGCCCAACCAACUAUAGUUAGAAGGGUCACCUGGUAUUAACCUGGUUGCGCAACCAAUAUGCAAAAGCAACCAAAAAGUGUUGGUUCAGAUAUCUAUAGACCUUGGUGCCCCAAUGAACUAGGGCCUUAUAUGUUUAUAUGUUUUUCAAUGUAUUUUUCCUUUAACAUUUAAUUAUAAAUCUGAUUAUGAAAUGACGAAUGGAGUUUUAUUAAUAUGUUUAUUAUAUUGUUGGACCGAGAGCUCUGCUUACACUAGUUUAGUAUAGUUAUAGUGAAGUGUACAGUUACGUAUGAGAUUCGCGAAGUUUGUUGUACAGUUUAAUUAAGACAUUUACUGAUUAGGUAAUAAGGUAUAUAUUUGUUUAACGCUUUACUUGCCCGCUGUUUGAAAAAUUGACUAGUCAUAAGCGGAUGAGUUUGUCAUGAAAUUAUCGAGUAUUUUAGUUUACAUUCCUUGGCUAGCACUUAAGGUCUAAAAUACACUGCAGGUGACCUAUAAAAUGUAUAGAAACUAUUUGGAAAAUAGCCUCUAUUGUCAUUUAAAGAUCACCUGCAGGGUAAAUAUUUUCAGCACCAUAUCAUUUAACAAAUAAAUUCAUGUUACGAUGUAUUAUUGUAUUGUACUUAAGUAAAUUAUUGUGUAAAUAGAAUUAGGAAACUAAUGUAACAAAUCAUGGAUGUUAUAUAUUUAUGGUAUGAUUAUAAAUAAAUAAAAUUUAAUUAUGUAA